AACGGGGCUGGCCUGCUGCAUGGACAGAUGAGGAGCUGGAGGGAGACUCUGAGAGGUUCAUGAUCAUUCAUCCUGCCACCUGUCAGGGCAGUAGCAGGCUCGCAGACUCCUUAGCCAGCACUUGUGUGUGUGAAAUGCAAGUGUUAGGAAAGCUUCAGGGUGACCCUGAAUAGACCUCCACUUUGCAGAUGAGGAAAUUGGACCUCAAGAGGGGCCAUCUUGCACCCUGUCAUCAGUCUGUAGGUGGCAGAGCCACAGUCCAAACCCAGGGCUUCCAGACUCCAAAAUGCAGCUUCUUCCACCACUCACUCCCACCUAGCUCCUAGUGUUACCCUAGGAGGACCCCAGAGAACCUUCAUCUGUAGGGCACUCCUGCCCACUGUGACAUGCCCGUCUGCCCAGGUGCAGCCACCCAAGAAGCCACUGGUCCCAGAAAUGGGGCCAGCCUCCAAGCUGGGCCAUGUGCCACACCCACCAUCCACAUGUGGCAGCUCAGUGCUCCAGGGCCAACGCCGAAACAAGAGGCACCCUCAGCCCUUUGGCCACUUUCUGGAUUUCCUGACUGAGAGCCAGGUCCUGGACAGCUUGGAGACAGUGGUGGAGGAGGCGACCGAGCGCAUGGCUGCCAUGAAGACGGAGGCUGGGGUGCCACUGGUGGAGGUGCAGGACCCAGUGGAGGUGCCAAGUGGUAGGCGGCGGGCCCGUGCCCGGCCCAGCCUCAGCACCGUGCACCGGCACCGUGCACAGCCAAGCCUCUGCACUGGACACCCCAACAACUACCCAUCCAGCUCCAGCUCCACGUCUGACUCUCAUGGCAGCCUCAUGGCUGGCUGGCUGGGCCCCCAUGUCAGGGACAGUGACCUGGGGGCCCAAGGCUUAGGCUCAUUGCCACCUGUGAGGGACAAACUCCUGCUGGAGAAGAACCUCAAGCGGCUGCUACAGCUGGAGAGGAAAGGGAAAGGCUUCAAUCAGUCCUGCACUCAGAGAAACUCCCUGCUGUGGGAUUCGCUGGGCAGCCAGACCAGCUGCCAGUGGACCCAGGAGCAGUCCCCAUCCUGGUUCUCAGGGCUGCUGGGCUCAAGCUCUGGCAUGCCUGAAGCAUCAGAGCUGAGGCCUGGAGAACGGGAAUGGAUCUUCCACAAGCAGGAGUUCAACAAGGAGCUGAAGUCGUUACUGAGCCAGCUGGAGUCCCUCGACCUGCCUGGCUACUGUCCGCUCCGUGAGCCCCACCGCAUGCUGAACUUCCUGGCCGAGCACCACCUGUUCCCCGCCCUGCAGAGCGUGGUCAGUCAGGCUGUGGACAAGCUCCGUGGUGCCUGCUGCUGUGACGGCCGCCCUCUGUUCCCCACCAGCUUGGAGCCCACCUCAGAGCUGCAGGGACAGAGCAAUCUGCAGCCUCCGGGCUCUGAGCCGACCAAUCCCACCAACACGGGGCAGCCCCAUGCUUCCCCCCAUCCCACAGCCUCCAGCCCUAAGAUGCCUCACAGAAAACACAAGGACAGAGGAGGCUACCCCUCCAUGUCUAGUGCCCAGGUGGCCACCAGAUUCAAGCUCAAGGUGACACCCACGGAGAAGCCCAAUGUCCCCAGUUCCUCACUCUACUCCAGGAAAGAGAGCCCCAUCGGCAGCAAGUUCACAAAGAAGAAGCCACUGCCCUCCAUCUCGUCGAAGUCCAGCAUGUCCCACUUCUCCAACCGCUCUUACGAGGAGCUCGUUGACUUCCUCACCCAGCAGGCAGCCUCCCUGAUCAUCUGCAAGUAUGAAUUUGAAAAGGACCUCAAUAAGCAGCUGGGCUUCUUCUCCUUCCCCGUUACCCAAGUGCUCAGGGACCUUUCCCUGGGCUUAAAGAAGGUGAAAGGCUCCCGCAUCCACCAGUCCUCGGAGACCCAUCUGAGCUGCCUGCUGCGUAAGCUGGAGGAGGUCAAAAGGGCCCGGCAGGACUUCCCGCUCAGCACCUCCCACCACAGCCCAGAGACACCCCCUGUGCAGCAGGAGCUGGCCACCUACGCCACCCAGGACCAGACCACAGACCCCGGCCACUCUCUUUACACCGACUUGCCAGCCAGCCGACAGCUCAGCCCAUUGGAGCCCAGGCUGUCAGUGUCCACCCGCACUGGCAUGGGUUCCAGUCCCCCCAGGUCCAAGGACAUGGACAGUGAGGGCCAGGAUAAGAUCGAGCUUGAAGAUGAAGAUGAGAAUGAGGAUGAGGGUGAGGAUGAGGAGCAGGAUGAGGAUGGGGAUGAGGAUGGAGUCCAGAGUCUCCCAGAGCCUGGAGAGGAGGCCUCGGUCAGCCACCCUGUGGACCUGGGCCGCAGUGACCCGUCUUGACGUCCCCACUGGCCACUUGAUUCCCUGCUCUGUCAGAGUUGCUGCUCAUCAUACCAGCCCCUGCCCUGAGCAGGAGUCAGCAUGGGCUGAAUGCCUGCAAGGAGCUCUGCUGAGACUCUCAGGGGAGCCAGUGAAAGACACAGAAAUAAAGCCUGUGUUGCUGAGACACA